GACUACCCUGGCGGGAAAGGAUGGCGGCGUCGGCGGCUGCUGCUGCUGCAAAGCAACGAGAGAUGCAAGACUUCGUCAGGGGUCUCUUCCGAGGGAGCCCUGAUCUCAGCAUCCUCACUCAUGCCAUAGUCAGGAAGAAAUAUCUUGUCCAUGUUGGGAAGGAGAGUCUAAGUAAAGAGGAGAAGGAGCAACUCAAACUGCUGGUGGAGGAAGAACUGCUCCAGAUGAAGGCUGAUGAUUCUCCAGGUGAUGGAGAGUUGAUGACUGAAACCCAGACUUCUGUCCAAUCUGGAGGCCACAAGAGACCCCAUUGUACCUCCAGUAGUUCUGACGAUGAGGUCAAAGGCAAACAGGAGCAGAAGAAACAACGGACCGGAAAAAAGUUGGAAAUCGGUUCUGACGAGGAGGAUUCUGGGAUUGAUUCUAAAAAGGUUCCACUCCAUGGCAGCCAAAAACAUGCUGGGAAAUUCUCAAGCUCCUCUGAGCAAGGAGACUCUGGAGCAGAAGGUCAUACUGACGGGUCCGGAAGUGAUGGGCAAAAUGCAAAAGGCAGAAGAAAGGAGAGACAAAAAGGCAGCCAGCCCACCCGGUGGCAGAGGGAAAGACUAGGGAGUACGUCUGAGGCGGCCACACAAGGGCAAAAGAGUGCCCCUGAAGAAACUGGAGACCGCAAAGAGGCAACGAAAGGGCAAAGAACAGUUUCGGAGAAUGACUCUGAGGAGGAGCUGAAUGACUGUAAGAUCCAGAAAAAGAAAGGGUUUGACAAAGAACAGAAAUGGAAUGAUGACCAGGGCAGAGGAAAGAGCAGAAAGAUGGACAAACAAAGGAGAAAAGCCGAUUCUGAGUCUGAAGAGGAAAGUGAGGAGGAAAAGAAGAAGAGUGGUGGCUCUAAAGCUAAAGACAGGACAGGACGGAGAACUCUGGAGGCUGAAGUGGGGAGUGAGAGUGAGGAUGAAUCGGGGAGUGACUCAGAGCAGAAGUCCAGGAUGCAAGGAAAGGCGGCAAGUCGUAAACAAUGGCGGAAAAAUGUGAGCCCAGAGGAAUCGGGGAGCGAUUCAGGAAGCAAGAGACAACCUAGAAAAGGAGGAAUGAAAAAGGCACAGAGGAGGAAUGUGAGCAGGAAGGAACUGAAGGGAAAACAAGAAGAGAAGAAGCAAGGAAAGCCCAAGCCAAAGACAAGCGUGAGCAGUGAAGAAUCGGAAACUGAGCCAGACGAGCAUAAGGGCUUGAAACAAAAAAAGAAAGGGAUGCAUAACGCCAGCAGCAGUGAAGAGGAAUCACAGAGUGGAGCAGAAGAGGCAGAAAAGGGUGAAAGCAAGUCCAGGAAGGUCACUCUGAGCAGCGGCAAAUCCAAGAACGGAACAGAAGAAUGCAAAGGUGGGAAUCAAAGAAAGAAAAGAGUGUUGAAAAAGAAGAGCCAGGAUGCGUCUGGGAGUGAAUCUAGCCAGGAGGAAGAAAUACUGGAAAAGAGAGGAACAGAGAUGUUCCAGAGGAAGGGUGUCAGUAAAAUGGAAUCGGAGACUGAUUCUGAGGACUCGGGGGAUGAAUUGGUGGGAAGGGAGAAAAGGCAAAGCUGGCAGAAGACGGAAACAGAGAAGCCCAAAAGGAGGAGCAGCAAGGAAGAAUCGGGCAAUGAAUCCGUUAAGCGAGAAGCGUGCUCCAGUUCUGAAGAUGAAGAUAACUCCAGUUCUUCCAAACAGCCGCAUCAAGGAAAGGGCAAAGAGCAUAAUUCUGGGAAAAGCGAAGAGCACCCGUCUAUCCGGCGCCUGAAGCGCUACAUCCGGGAAUGCGGCGUGCAUCGGAAUUACAAGAAGCUGCUCGCAGGUUGCCGCUCCCGCAAAGCGCAGGUGGAGGCGCUCAAGCAGGAGCUGGAAAACCUUGGCCUGAAGGGGGCGCCAUCUCUAGCCAAGUGCAAAGCCCUGAAGCAGAAGCGUGAAGAAGCAGCCGAGGUGGCUUCCCUUGAUAUCAGCAACAUCAUCGCCACAGAAGGCCGCCCAAGGCGUCGCAACGUCUGGAGUCUCUACAGCAAGCCCCAGGAGCAGCCCAGCUCUCCAGAGGAGCCUCCCGUACGCCGUCCUGCUACAGACUGGUCCCGCCUUCGUGGAGUCAUCAGUUCAGAUGGGGAAAGCGAUUGACUCUGAGGUGGAGGGAGGUCAGGCAUUGAUGGAUCCCUCAUUGCCCUCGUUUUGAGGAGAAACGUGGGUUUGACUAUCUUUGACAACCAGAAGGGGGGUUGUUUGUCUUUGUAACCCAUUUCUCUUCUUUUUGCUCAACAUGUAAGAAAAAAAGACUUUUAAAAAGCUAAUAACAUUUUUGUUGUUGCUGCUGCUGGUUUCCCCUUACCAGGGAAAGAGGAGGACACAACUGCCUCUAUUGAGGCAAAUAUUUGUCUCCUCAUGAAAAUAUACCUAUUCUUCUGAAAGGUGGCAGAGUGAGGGAGAUCAGUCAUUCUUUCAAGUAUCUGAACUCUUUACUCUUAUUCUGCCACUGGUUUUAUCACUCUUCCCAAGAGUGAACAUUCCUAAACAAGUGUGUGUUGAACAGGUGGGUGGGUGGGUGAGCUCACUCUACGUUUAUUCUGGGACCAUGACUCCAUGUUUUUGAGGCAUUUUUUCCCCUUUUCCGUUUGGCCCAGCCUAAACAAGAAUGAUUCCUGUUCAGUGCUAGAUGUCAUUGGGGUGUGGGACGGCGCGGGUGGGUGUGCCUUUGUAAUGUGGAGCACGUUUCACUGUUCCUGUAAAUGCUGUUCUUCAGAGUUUUUAUGACUGAAAAGAUUAAACGUUUUAUAUUUGAUUAAAUAAAAUACCUUUUGGAAUUUA